AUCCAUUCUCAUUCCCACACCAUAUUCCUAUUGUAGUGUGAAAAGCGCCGCCCAGUGGCGAUGCAUCAAAUUGCAAUAAAAUCAUAACACAAAAAGAUCAUAAGAGGAGGGAGAAUUAAUCGGCUGGAGGAGUUCAUUGGCAAUACAAGUGUUUGGAGACGUCGACAAGGAUGGCGUAGACACAAUGGCGAUAGCAGAGUGAGAGAGAUCAUCCAGUUGGCCAAGUGUUGGUGGGGUUAACCCCACUCCCCAGCUGCCAGGGCACCACACAAACGAGAAUAAAAUACAGUUACAAAUGUACCGGAGGAGUUGCCAUUGAUUGAUAUAUACGUACGAUACAGGCAGGAACUUGUGCUGUAUAUUGGUAUUAAAGCUUCGUGCCGAGGUUUUUAUCGUUCAGUUCACAGCAGUGGAGAGCUGUCGACGGGGUGAACGUUUUUUGUUGUGGCUUGUGGCGCGUCUACGUGCGCCCGAGCCCCAUACAAACUGAAAAUAUCCAGUUAACAAAAUGGCUAAGAAAUUACAAUACUCGAGUUUAACUGUUUUAUUAUUGUUCUGUGGUGUUAUUCUACCUGAUACAGUGCUAAGUGAGGAUGACUUUGCCACGAGAAUGCGAGCUGUCAGUAAAGACUUGGAUAGACAACUGCAGGAGAUGAUGGCAUCACAGGCUGUUGAAUUUACAUCUGUUAACACAACGGGAUUGCCAUACAAUGCAACAACAAAAUUCAAUCCAAAAGGCAUGGGACAGCUGUACAAUGUCACUAAUUUGUUUAUUGAUAUUGUACAAUCCAAGCAGGCAUAUCCAGAGGGAAUGAUAACGGUUAAUAAUGGAGAGUUUAAAUUUGCCGAUCCUGCGAAGGAAUGGAAAAUAAUUGUGACUCACUAUGGUGGACUGGCAGGGCUCGCUGUUGCCGGCCUUUUACUUGCUGCAAUACUGCCAUGUGUUGGACUUUUUUUCUGCUGCUGCCGUUGUGCUGGACACUGUGGUGCAAGGAGUCAACCGUUUGAUAAAAAACAUGAUCACUGCCGCAAAGUCUUUCUCAGUUUUAUUCUCAUUUGCGUCGCUACAAUCAUAUUAUUUGGAGUUGUUUGUGCAUUUGUCACAAAUGAAUACAUGCAAGAGGGCACCGAAGAUCUUCCGAGCCAAGCGAAGACAAGUUUAAAAGACCUGGAGUUGUAUUUAACAACAACGAAGUUGCAAAUAAAUACACUUCUCAAGGAUAACUACAACGAACUCGAGAUAACUCUGAAUAAAAUACUUCAAGCAAGCGGUAGAAUUGUUACAGAUGAACUUGCCAUUUAUUCUCAUGCCGUUUCACUAAAAAAUUUGAGUGAUAUCGUUUCUGGAUUGGAUGCAAUAAGACAGGACUUGAGAAUGAUGAAUCAAAUAACCCAGGAAUUAAGGACCAAUGCCAGCCAACUUGAUAUCGUAGUUAGAGGAGUUAAAAAAGACUUGCUGCACAGUUUGGCUGCGUGUAAGACUCAUGCAUGUGAACAACUAUUUCAAGACUUCAAAAUUAAUCAGUUAUCGGUGCAAGUUGAAUUCGAUAAGCUUCCGGAUGUUACCUUCGCGUUGCGUAACAUAACAUCUCUGAUGGAAGGCAACAUUGUCUCCGAGGUGCGCCAAGGCAAGGAAUCCUUCCUCAGAAUUCAGCGUGACAUCCAGCGUGCCGUUAAUCAGACAAUUCCAGUUGUCAGUACAAGUAUAAGAAAAGCCGGCCAAUCACUAUCAGAGAUUGCCAGCAAUAUCACGAGUAUGAUUGAUAGGAUUAAUCGAGAUAUAAAUAGGGUCUACAUACCCCAUUUAAAAAUCGCCCAAGACAACAUAGACCAAUAUUCAUUGUACAGAUAUUACGUGGGUCUCGGUGUUUCUGGUAUACUUCUGACAGUUCUCAUGUGCCUGACAUUUGGCCUCUGCUGUGGUAUUUGUGGAAAACGUCCAGACGGUUAUGGCGAUGAUUGCUGUAAUAAAGGGUCUGGAGCGAGAUUCUUAAUGCUGGCUGUGUGGAUUAUAUUUUUAUUGACAAGUGCACUCAUGAUUAUCACUUCAGCGCACAUGAUAACAGGUGUUGUAGUACAGAGAGGUAUUUGCGAGCCACUAAAAAAUCCUCGUGACAAUCGUAUGUUCAAACUUGUCGAUGAUAUCAUACAUGUGAAGGACUUGCUUUACGCUAAUAACAAAGAUGCCGAUAUUAACAUGAGCUGGAUACUCACCAAGUGUCAUGCCAAUGAAACACUCUACAAAGUCCUCAAAUUGGAAUAUCUUAUUGAACUUGAUUCAUUAAGAAGUUACGUUGAACGUUAUGCCAUCAGUAGUACAAUAGACGAAUUACGGAAAAUGAUUAAUUUAAAGCCAGGAAUCAUUAUAUUGACUGAGAGUGCCACAGCUAAACUCAAUGAUUUGGCACAGAGUGGAUUGAGUGAUAUUAAAUUUUAUCAGUAUGCUGAACUCUUGAAGGAUAAUAUAACGAGCAUCAACCUGGAGCAUCUUAGCAAUAAGUUGAAACAAGUGUCUGAUGAAUUGCCACCAGGUCACGAGGAUAUAAAGGAUAGCUUGAUUAAAAAUGCCCACGACUUGGAGCAUUAUCACAAGGAUUUAGUAAUGCCAAUGACGUCACUCAGUGAACAGCUUAGUAAGAGUGCUAUGACGCUUGAGGAGCAUAUUAAAUUCAACCAUACCUCUAUGCCUGAGGCCAUUCUCAACUUGGUUCACGAAGUCAUGAAUGCACAGCAAUUUUUGAAUAAAGAUGGACCAGAGUAUGUUAAUUAUCUUGCUACUAAAUUUGGAGAGAUUUUUCUGCGACAGGUCAAUGAUUUCUUGGAGCAUCUCAUUAAAAAUUGGAAGGAAACUGUUGGCAGAUGUGGACCAGUUUCUAAUGCAUAUAAUGCGACUAUUGUUGCUGGAUGUAACAAAAUUCUAGAUCCAUUCAACGGAUUUUGGGCGAGUGUCGGCUGGACCCUCAUUCUAUUCAUUCCCACCAUUGUUCUCUGCGUGAAGCUCAGUGCCCUUUAUCAAAAAUCUGAUCCAUACCCAGGACCCCUCGUCGAGACAGAUUAUCUGUAUGACGCAUAUGCCGACAGGGAUAACAUGCCUUUAGCUCAUGUACACGAUAAGAAGCAUAACGCACACAGCAGGCAUCAUCCCUCUGCAUAUGUGGAGAGUUACGAUGGCCCAGCAGCAGCGGGGGUCUACACCGGUAGGGAAAGAGUUGCUGAUGCUCAUCAAGGCUCAUCUCAUCACGACUCGAGAUACUCUGAUCUUGCGCCAAAUUUCGCCCGUUCAUGGCAACGCCAUGAUCGUGUUGCGACCUCAAAACCUGAAAGUCCAAAUAAAGUCUAUAGUAUCCCGCUAGAGUCGCAAAAUUGGGAUUUUCCAAAUGGCGGUCCACCAAGGUAUCAGCCACCGGCUGGUGCUCCACCAUUAAGCACUGAAUAUGAACGUCCACCUCCUUAUUACUAUCCAGGCCCUGGGGAUAGAAAUUAGGAAACAAGUCCCGUGGCAUACACAAAAUAUGCAUUUACAAGUGCACCGAGUUACAGUCUGACUCAGAGUUACAAAAGAUCUAACAAGAAGAAACCAAUAAAAUCGUCAAACAAGAGGGAUUACGUUUGAAGAUAUGGCUUUUCAUUUCCAUGAAGAAUAUGGUAUGCCACGGAGUGAUUCACAUCGACAAAGAUAUUCACCAUAACAGAUAAUUCAGAGGUACAUUACAUAAGAGACUGAAGUUAUGCGAUAUGAUCGAGUGUUAAUAACUUGACUUGGGUGACCAAUUUACUGUGUAUUUUUGUGCUACGUUUAUUCACGUGAUUAUUAAGUGCUCAUCGACAAUGUGAAUUUUCUUUGUAGCAAUUCAAUUAAUUUUUGAACGAUUCGUUUGUUCUAGUUUUUUAAAACUAUUAUUUUGUCAUAUCUAGUGUCAUUUUGUGGUUGAAUAUGUGCGAAAGAGGCUUUCUUUCAGCUCGACAUUCAAAUUGUUGGCAUUUAAUGGGCAGAGCAAUUGAGAAGUAUAUAACAUUGUCUAUCAUCGAUUAUUCUCCUGUAUUUAUCAUUUUUUUUACGACGCAAUUGACCACGUACUGAAUUAUCAAGUAUUUGGUGUGUAUUAAAUUGAUGCAUCGCCUGAGAUGUAAUCACAUUAGUUUAUUAAUUAAUAAUUAGUGAAAAAUUACGUCCUUGUGACGCCAAAAUCAGUAUGCCAAACGAACAAUACUCAACAAGUGUUCAAUGAGAGGCAGGAGACUGUCUCCACUGGCACAUCUUCUUUUGCCUUGGCUUUAAUUUACAUUUCACAACAAAAAUCUGCUAUCAAUAACAAAUUAUACACAGAUUAAUCGUAAUUUGGUUGUGCCACUUCAAGAUUUAUUUGCUGUUAUCGUGCUCAAGUUGUCAUGUUUCUGUUUCUCGUCUAAUUUCCCAAUUUGGCAUUUGAAUUAUUGAAGAACCGACGACUUGUGAACGACAUAACGUUCCAUUUGUAAAUUUAAAUGAAUUAGAUAAUGAUUAAUGAUUAAUGUCGAAGAAAAAUUUAAGUAGAAAAAAAAAGGUUAAGAAACGUUAAGAAAAAUCUAAAUGUGAUGAUUAACUGAUCUUUCUGAAACUGAGAAACUCAUGAUAAUUUCCGAACAAAUUCUUAUUAUAAUUAAACAAUUAUACCUAACUAUAGUUGAAUAAACAAAAAGUUCUAUAUACAUAAACAUGUACAUUUAAACCAUUAUUUACUAUAUGACUGAGAGAAUAGUAUUAACUAUGACAGGAUUACAAUGGCUUGGUGAUAAAUAGUAAUUGAAAAACGGUGGAGAUUUUUCAUUCGAUUUAUUCACUCCGUCUUUCUCCACUCGUCUGUAAUCUUUGUACUGAAAAAAUUUGUUUGACUUUAUACUAAAAUUAAUGUCAUUGAAUUAUUCAUUACAAUGAAAAUUUUUGCCCACACGGAGUGAAUAAAAAAAUUAUACAGAAAGAAAAUAAAUUCCAUAAAUGGAUUGUAGAAUGUUCAUGGUGCUAUUUUUCUACGUGCACUUUCAACUAAAUUUCGUAAGGAUUAUUGUGAGAAAAAAAUUUCAAAUGGGGCCACGUAGGGCAGACCAUUUUGGUAGAAUUUUCGCCGAUAUAAAACUCCUCCAAUGGUAUCUAAAAUACAUGUUACCCUUAAAUAAUCCCUAAAUAAAGCCAUUAUUAUUGUGGAUGCUGAAACAAGUAUUUAAAUACACCUGUAUCACUUCUAUCCGCAGUCUAAUAUUAUGCUCAUUAUUUUGAGGAUCGAAACGCAUUUGCGGAAGAAAAUGAACAAUAAAUGGUGGUUUAACUAUACUCGUUUUAGUACUAGAGUUGGAGAGGGGAAAAAUAGACCUGUGUGGUUGACUGAACGUCUGGAAAAUGUUAAUAACUCGUCGCAUAUUGUGCAUUCGCACUGAAUUUCGAUGAAGGUCAGUUGGUGAAUUCCUUCCUUGUUUUUGAAAUCGAGAAAAAAAAUUGACGUCCAUUUUCCCCCGCUCCCCACUAACGCAUUUGUUGAUUGACAAUAUCCCAGGAACGAUUGCUAUAUUGAGAAGAAAAAUAUUCUUUGAUAAGGGUGAGUGGGGCAAAAUAAAGCAGUUGAAAAAUGCCGGGUUAUGGCGAUUGAAGAAAAAAAGGAUCAAAUAUUUUUUUUAGUAAUUAAAGUACUGUGAGAAUAAUUUUGUAUUGAGAAGGAAUGUACAUGUGAAUGUUGGCCAUCUCUUCAGAUAAAUCCCGUUCCGUCAUUCGAUUCAUGGAUUGACACUGACCUUUAACAGAGAAACGGAAUUCAUCUAAGAAAAUACUGUAUAUGGUAUAUUCACAACAGAUUCAUUUUUACAGAAUGGAACGUCAUUAUUCUCAUUAGUGCUUUCAAUGAUAAACAAAAUUUCCAAUCAAAAGUUGAUUUUAAAAAUUCGGAAGUGAAAUGUUUUUGCUUGACUGACAUCAAAUCCUUGUUUUUUUUACUUUUCCAUUCUGGUUCACUAGGACUUGAAGAAGUUUUCUGUUGUAUUUAAAAACUCAUGAAUCGAAAAUACAUAAUAAGAAAGUCUUCAAUCCUCAGAAAGGUGAAUUUUCUUCUAGAGAUUAUAUCGUUCACCCAAAAACGAAGAUAAUUUGUUCGUUGAGAGGUUAUUCUAAAUAUUUUCUCAUUUUUCGCAAAUUUUUGAAAAACGAUUGAUGAAACUGACGUGCAAUAACGUAAGGUUUUUAAGUUUUAUUAUUAUUUAAUUUGCGUAGAAGAAUUUUCCUACUUGCUCAGCAAACUUUUGCAAAAAUUCACAAAACUCCACCAAAAAAUAGAAAAAUCAACUCAUGGCUGUAAAAAUUUGUGAGUCAUUGAAUAAUAACAAAGCUUAAAAACUAUAUAUUUUUUCAUGUCCAACUGAUCCAUAUUUCCCUGAAAAUUUGCCAAAAAACAUGAAAACUGAGUGGAUAUCCGCAGUAACUCCUUAACUCAACAGUUUUAACAAUUCAUUGCAAAAUAAUUUUUUAUUAAACCUAUUUGUUUUGUCUCAAGGUUUUUCUUAAUAACAGUUCUAACAAUAAUAAUGAUUGAUUUCCUGAAGUACAUAAAUUUCUGUCUUUACAGCAACUUUUUCCUUUUAUAUCUCAAUUAGAGUUAUUUCAAGGUUUCGUGUUUUUUUUUAAAUUCAUUCAAGCAUUUCUGAACAAAUAUAAUUCAAUUUGCAUUCAUAUUAUCCUUGUCUUAAUAUGAAAUAUUGUUUUUUGUCAAUUUUCAGCCAUGAGUUUUUCGAUAUAAUAAAGGAAGAGCGGAAGGACUUCUCAACAGUAUAUUAUUUUUAGUUUAAAAUAACGAAAAAUUGUUCUAAAAUUGAAAAUAACAAUGCCAAUCCCUCGUGAGAUAUUAACAAUGAAAUGCGCCAUAACAUCAUAGUCUUAAUUAAACUGAAAAUUUUCAUCAUCGAUGUAUAUAACAAACUAACGAAACCUGUAGCCAUUAAUUACUGUUUAAAUAAUUCAAUUUAAGUAAACCAAAAAGGAACAAUAAAAACUAUGUUUUGCAUUGAA